UGUCUUCCUCUGUUUUUCUUCUCGAGUUUUCCAUCUGAGAGAAAAAGCUACUGAUCUUCUUCUUUUUCAAAACCCAAUAAGGUCAGAGAACCUCUCGUUCUCCUUAUUCUGAGUGAUGGGUGUGAGCAGCCGUUGUUCCCACACUUCCCACAUCACCGAAAUCAUCAUCACCAGCUUCUUUCGCCACAAACUCUAAAUUUUCUUCAGGCUUCGGAUCAUUAUCGUCUCAAACCAGGCUGUGAUGUCUGAUUAAAAUUCUUAACAUAAACUGAUCGAUAUAGAACUUAAACCAAAUUUGAAAGAGUAAACAUGGCCGGCGUUGGGAGGGUCUUUAGUAGUAGCGGUGGUGCCUCGUUUCUGCUUCGGAAUCAGAGAGGUUCUCCUGCUUCUGAGCCUCUCGAAUCUCUUUUCCUUUCUGGGUCCUCUAAUGCUUCCUCUACGUCUCCUUUUUUGGGUUCAUCCAUGGUGAGUUUCGAAGAUGUUCGAGGAGGAAAUGGAUUGAAGAGGUCCAUGUUCCACCAAUACGAGCGCGAAGACAAUUGUGAUGAGGAGUUUGAUGACUACUUUCAUCAACCUGGAAAGAAGAGGCGGCUUACUGCUGAUCAAGUCCAGUUCCUUGAGAAAAGCUUUGACUUGGAAAACAAGCUUGAACCAGAAAGGAAGAUCUUGCUUGCAAAAGACCUUGGCUUGCAGCCUCGGCAGGUUGCGAUUUGGUUCCAAAACCGCCGCGCAAGGUGGAAGACUAAGCAGCUGGAGAAGGACUAUGAUCUUUUGCAAGCCAACUACAAUAGUCUCAAGGCGGACUGCGAUAGCCUUUGUAAAGAGAAUGAUAAACUCAAAGCUGAUGUUCUUGAGCUCUCGGACAGGCUGCAUCUCAAAGAUAAAGUGAGGGCAAACUCAGAACAAUCGGAUACGAACAAAUCACACCAGGAACCACAGCGAACACCAAUUGCUGAAUCGGUCUCCUCGGAAGGUGAAGACUCCAAAGUCUCGGUUGUGGCAUGUAAGGAAGAUCCCAGCUUAAUCAGGAGUGAUAUGUUUGAUUCGGAUAGCUCACAUUACACUGAUGGUGUUCACUCUUCUCUGUUAGAACGUGGUGAUUCUUCAUAUAUGUUUGAGCCUGAUCAGUCUGAUAUUUCCCAAGAUGAAGAAGAUAACUUGAGCAAGAGCCUGUUGCCAACAUACAUCUUUCCGAAGCUUGAAGAUGUCGACUACACAUGCCCUCCUGCAAACUCAUAUAAUUUCGGGUUCCCAGUGGAAGAUCAUGCCUUUUGGUCCUGGUCUUACUAGGAGAUGUUUGGUAAAUACGAAUUCUGCGUUAUCCUGUUCUUAUUUGAUAGUAUAACAUACGAGUGAGAAUAAGUAAUGAACCCGAGCAGCAUCAAUGGCACUCUGAUCUAGAUGUGGUGCUGGUUUUAGUUUUCAGUUCAAAAAGAAAAUCGGUGUUUGGCCCAUUUGUAAUCUUAUCAAGGAAUUGGGGUUCUGUACGUAGUGUUUCAUGUACCAGUUUUGUAUGGAAGUGUAAUUAAAUAAGAAGUCUCUUAUGUAAUUAAGCCAUUCUAUGCAAAUGCGAUUUCAUUUCAGCUCCA